CCUCGACAGGUCAUACUCAGUUGAGCUCUCUCGUGAUACACAUAGAGCUGGCUCAGGCUAUUACAAUACACAGCCUGUAUCAACAGUUACAAGUAUUAAAGACUGUAACAGUGUGAGAUUAUUACCAAGAAUAACAAGAUGGAAAACUUUCUGUACAGUGACAUCAUAGGCCUCACACACGACGAUACGAAAAAGACUAUGACACAAGUGAAGCUAAAUUGCAGUGACCAUGGAACAGUCCAGAUGCCUGGCGGUGGAUUAUAUCAAAUGGAAAACACUCUGGCAGGAGACUACGGAGAUAUGGAUAUAAACACAGCCAUGAUGGAUUUCAUGAGCAUCAGCGAUUCCAGGGACGUGGGAGAACAGCAGAUCGAACUUCCGAAUUACAUGAGGGACAUGGUGAGCAACGUGCUAACUCAGCAACAAGACUUCCCGCUGGAAUUCAGUGACUCCCUUCAGACAGACCUGGACCUGGGCGCCGCCACGCUCUGGCCCGAUGAGGAUCCUCUGAAUCUGGAUGCCAUAAAUCCUGACGAUCUGUUCGCGAACACAACCGGAGAGCAGCACCAGCCGGAGAACCUGUACGAACAUGUAGCGUACCAGCCCCUAGAGUACGCAGCCUCUCCUCAGCCACAGAGCACACGGGCGCCGGCCAGUAAAAGGAAAGUGAAGACGAGAUCCAGAGACCAGCGCUCCGCCCCAGAGCCUCAGACGUCCAACUAUUCAGUCUUUGAACAGCCAUCUCUGGAGGAACUAGGAGUGCAGGUACACUCUCCCUACAGCGACGCCGGCAGCUCUACUGACGAAGGCAGCAGACCUCGCCAGCGACGGCCACGGGUCUCGUACGACACACUGACAGAGGAACAGAAGUACCAGCGCAUACGAGAACUGAACAACGAGGCUUCCAGGCUGUAUCGACAGAGACAUCGCCAGAGCCUCAGCAAACUGGAAAAGGAGCAGCAAGCGCAGGAGGAGCGGAAUCGCGUUCUGAGAGCCAAGAUGGAAGGCCUGGAGAAGCUGAGAGAUGAGGUCCAGACGUACGUUAAUAAUGUGUUCAAGCAGCGAUUCAGUAACUAAGUGCUUUCCGGAGAUAUGCCUCAUGUGUAGUACCUAGUUAUUAUGGAAUAAUGUUGUAUCAAUAUUAUAGUUAUGAAUCUGUGAUCAAGCUGCAUGUUCUGGCAUAGUCGUAAUUAUUUUAGUCUGAAUGUUUCCAGUACCUUUCUUAUUUAAUAUGUUUUUAAGGUUUGUUAAAAUGUAACUUUUAUACUACAUUUAUAUAUUUAAUAAAAAAAAGUAUAUUACUAUUA